AUGCCCAGCUACAAAUGGUUAAUGUUCGAGACGAAAGAGAAGUCUCAAGAAAAAAUGAGACAAAUGUCAUUACCACGUUUUCAACAUAAAAAAGUCGGAAGAAAAUCUUAUCAUGAAUUAUAUCCAGAAAUAAUUGUUGAAUUAAAAGAUUUGUUAAAUACUCACAGUGGUUCUGCACAGGAUAGACGUCGAGACGAUGCUGUACGAUUCAAUGGUUUAUCAAUCGUUGACUGUAAUAAAUGUAUUAAAAAACGAUUAAUGAGAAAAUACUCAAAAAUCAACAAAAUGUCAAAUUCCACUGUUCGUCGUUACUUUUUACCGCCAAAAAGCAAUACUCAGAGUAGCAAAUUUUAUAAAGGUCGUAUCUCGGCAAAAAUUCCUCAAAAACGGAAUUCACAAUCGAUCAAAGAACACAAUGAUUUCCACUUCACAUGUGCACAAGUUAAUUAUGUCGAAGAAAUGUCCAGUUUAUACAACGACGAGAUUUUAGCACUAUCCUGUGAUAAUAAAGCGAAAAUUCCAUUAGGUGCACCAGCUGUGAGUCGUUAUGUACGUUGUAGAAAGUUUCAUCUUGUGGAAAAGCAACCAAAUUUACCGGAUCACGAUUUUCCGAAACACGGAAUUAGAAUCAAUCCAUCUGCAUAUGUUAUCUUAUCAAAUGGACGGAAACGGUCGUUGAGUGUCGAUAGUCAUUCGUCGUAUGAAUUAAUAAUCAAGAAAAGAUCAAGAUCAUGUGAUGCUCGAUUAUUUCCAGAUAUGAAAGGAGAUACUAUUCUAACGUCUGAUAAAAGAAAUCUUGAACACGUGAAAUGGAGUCGAACAGGAAAAUUGUUUAUUCGUCCAUUUGGGUCUGGCAUUGAUCAAUCAGCAAAAGCAACGAGUGAGGUCCACAUAAACAAUCUUCAUCGGAUAAUAACCGAAAACAAUAUGUUACUUAAAAAGAAUGUUAUCACAAUCAUAUCUGACAAUGGACCGGACUGGAGUACGGACUGUACAGCAAACAUUUAUAAUUUGGGAAGACUUUGGGAAGAACUGAAAUUAGAUGCAUUAAUUUGGGUUAGUUAUGCUCCAGGACACAGCCGUUUUAAUCCAAUUGAACGUAUGUUCUCGAGGUUGACAGAUUUGCUACAAGGUGUUAUUGUCGAUUUGGAUCCAUCGUUUAAAGAAAAAUCACAACAAAUGGACAUGGCAUUGCUUGAUUUGUCUAAAUACUGGAACGAUAAAAGUUACUGUAAUUAUAAAAUUGACUGUCGUCCAAUGUUUUCCGUCAAUGGAAACAUAUUUGAUGGUCACGAAAAAUUAAAGAAUUUACUAAUGAACAAAUCACAAACACAGAUACAACAAAAUCCAAAUGUUCAAUUUAACCUACAAUUUUAUCUUCGUCAUUGUAUUCGUUCAACAUAUUACACAUCGUUUACUAAAUGUGAUGACAAAUAUUGUGUGCAUUGCUCUCGUUUUCCAGUUCGUGCUUCGAAAACACUCUCUCUACUUCGUGCUGGUGGUGGAUACAUUCCUUGGCCGACAAUGACUUACAGCAAUAAAUGUUACGAUACAUUUUUACAGAGAGCACAUUCAAUAUUAUGUGGCGAACAAAAUCGUUUUCCCGAUGAACAUUUACCAUCGGGCUCAAAGUUGAAAUGUCAAAAAUGUAAACUUCCAUAUGUAUUCCUGUCGAAAGCAGAUGAAGAAAGACAUAAUCAAUGGAUACACGGAUCAGAGUCGAAGCGCAAAAGGUUGUCAGUUCAAGUCAACGAAACGAGAAAAUCGAAAAAACGUUCUCCUUCACCUGAGUAUUAA